AUGAUCAUUUCCAAGCAAAACAGGCGCGUCAUCUACGAGCACCUGUUCAAGGAGGGUGUCCUUGUUGCCAAGAAGGACUACAACGCACCGAAGCACGAGGAGCUUGACAUCCCCAACCUCGAGGUCAUCAAGGCGCUGCAGAGCCUUACCUCGAAGGGCUACGUCAAGACUCGGUUCUCGUGGCAGUGGUACUACUACGUCUUGACCCCGGAGGGCGUUGAGUUUCUGCGUGAAUGGCUUCACCUCCCUUCUGAGAUCGUCCCCGCCACGCACAAAAAGGCUGCUCGCCCUCCUCGCCCUGCCGCCGUGCGCCCCGGUGCUGGCGAGGGUGCCUACCGCGCGCCUCGCGGCGACCGCGACGACUACCGCAAGAAGGAGGGAGGUGCUCCUGGCGAGUUCCGGCCGCAGUUUGCCGGCGUCGGUCGGGGAGCGCCCAGGGAUUAA